AUGGAGGUCUCUGAUCUUUCAGCGGGAACUGACAAUCUCUCACUCAGUGAGAUGAAAAUAUCUUUAUCUGAUGACAUCGCAACGCCAAAAGUUACCAAUGAUACUGAAAAAUCUUUGGAGGAGUGCGAUGCAACGGAACCGAUUGGUGUACUUUAUCGAGACAAGUAUCGUGCAUUUUUGACUCACAGUGACAUUGAUGCUGAGUUUGUGGAAAGUGUCAUGGACACAUUGGAGAAAAGAGGAAUCAGUUGCUGCUACUCCAAAAAAGAUUUCCGUCCAGGUACUUCAACGGUGUCUUGUAUUAAUGAAGCUAUGGACAGGAGCAAGUUUGUUAUCUGCUUUCUUUCAAAAGAUUUUCUUACAAGUCCUUGGUGCAAGCAUGAAAGAGAAAUGGCGUUGCAUAAAGCUGCCGAGACGAGUGAAGACAUCAUUGUUCCUAUCCUGAUGGACGCGUCUCUUGAGGAUUUACCCAUGAAUAUGCGUCGCUUAACUCAUAUCAGAUAUGAGGACAUCGACUUUGAAAAGAAGUUGUUUUUUUCGCUUGGAUUUCAAGAGGGAAACUCCCGUCCAACAUACGAUGAUCUAGAGGCUGCUAACGCCAAACUGAACACCGAGUUGUAA